AUGACCACCACCACCACCAUGACCCCGUCACAAUCCCUUCAGCGACCCCCACCGACCCCAACCACCGGCGAGGACCCUCCUGACACCUCGUCAGCCACCACCCUCGCCAACGGCAGUGAAGAUCCGAUCCCAACCUCUCCUUACUGCUAUCGCAUCCUCACAUCGCGCAUCGGACUGGUCGGUCACUUGCCAAUCUAUUGCACUGGAGCCGGCGAACUCAGCCUGGAGCCUAGAUUUUCACUCACCGAACCCGCCGCGCUCCUCUCAAUAUCCCACACUGCUCAUGCACAUCCUGGAUCAUGUGGAACUGUGUGA